CCCAGGCCUGGCGGGUCCGGCCACACCUGCCCAGCUUCGCCAGGAUGCAGCGCGCCCUGCCCCGCGUCCUGCGCGUCCUGCGCAUCCUGCGGCCCCGGAGGCCCCUCGGGGCCCGCCACUGUGCGUCGGACGCCGCCGCUGGGGGCCGCGAGAUCCAGGUGCGGGCCCUGGCGGGUCCCGACCGAGGAAUCACUGAGAUCCUGAUGAACAGACCUCAUGCCCGAAAUGCCCUGGGGCACAUCUUCGUCAAGGAGCUGUUUGAAGCUCUGGCCCUGCUGCGAGAAGACCAGCACGUGCGUGUUCUGCUCUUCAGAAGUGGAGUGAAGGGUGUGUUUUGUGCAGGUGCAGACCUGAAGGAACGGGAGCAGAUGAGCCCUGUGGAGGUGGGCGUCUUUGUGCAGCGACUCCGAGGCUUGAUGAAUGAGAUCGCCUUCCCUGCACCCACCAUUGCAGCGAUGGACGGGUUUGCCUUGGGUGGAGGCCUGGAACUUGCCCUUGCCUGCGACCUCCGAGUGGCAGCUUCUUCAGCUGUCAUGGGACUGAUUGAGACCACAAGAGGACUUCUCCCCGGAGCAGGAGGGACUCAAAGGCUGCCCCGAUGCCUGGGAGUGGCCCUGGCAAAAGAGCUCAUCUUCACGGGCCGACGACUGAGUGGGGAGCAAGCCCACCAGCUGGGGUUGGUGAAUCAUGCUGUUCCCCAGAAUGAGGAAGGUGAUGCUGCCUACCACCGAGCUCGAGCCCUAGCCCAGGAGAUUCUGCCCCAGGCCCCUAUUGCUGUGCGGUUGGGCAAAGCUGCCAUUGACCGAGGAAUGGAGGUGGAUAUUGCAUCAGGAAUGGCCAUUGAAGGAAUGUGCUACGCUCAGAACAUCCCAACCCAGGACCGGCUGGAAGGCAUGGCUGCCUUCAGGGAGAAGCGCGCCCCAAAAUUUGUUGGCAAGUGAACUCCUUUCUUCCCCUAUACCUGAAACACCAGACAUGUAUACCUUAAAGAACAGAAUCCAAAUGGGAAGUCUUCAGUCAAGACUGCCAUACUUAUUUCACCUUGGCCUUCAAUUUCUUCACAAAGAUGAUCAACCAUUACUAAAUGAUGGGCAAAAUGAUGACCUGCACUUCCUGUUGCAUUCUUUCUUAUUCCUUACCCUGGCUAUAUCAUCACCGGAGUCAGGUUUGCUUAAAAAAUGUCUGAUUCUCCCUAUCCAGAUGACAAACUAUAGAUUAAAGAACUGCCUCUA